UGAUAUUCCACGGAUUCCUGAGACUUCUCACCCCCCGUUAGAGUCUAGUUCGAGUUCUUUUGAGUCACAGAAGAUGGAAAGGCCUUCUAUUUCUGUUAUAUCUCCGACCAGCCCUGGAGCCCUACGGGAUGCACCACAAGUCCUACCAGGGCAACUUUCUGUUAAGCUGUGGUAUGACAAGGUGGGACAUCAGUUAAUAGUAAAUGUUCUGCAAGCAACAGAUUUGCCACCAAGAGUAGAUGGACGCCCCAGGAAUCCCUAUGUAAAAAUGUAUUUUCUUCCAGACAGAAGUGAUAAGAGUAAAAGGAGGACCAAAACAGUAAAGAAAAGUCUAGAGCCAAAAUGGAACCAAACUUUUCUCUACUCGCAUGUACAUCGUAGAGAUUUUAGAGAACGAAUGCUUGAAAUAACCGUAUGGGAUCAGCCAAGAGUACAAGAAGAAGAGAGUGAAUUUCUUGGAGAGAUUCUGAUAGAGCUGGAGACAGCACUUUUAGAUGAUGAACCACAUUGGUAUAAGCUACAGACACAUGAUGAAUCUUCACUACCUCUGCCUCAGCCAUCACCUUUCAUGCCAAGAAGACAUGUUCAUGGUGGAGAAAGCACUAGCAAAAAAUUACAAAGAUCUCGGCCAAUCAGUGAUAGUGACAUCUCAGAUUAUGAUGUUGAUGAUGGUAUUGGAGUUGUUCCUCCAGUAGCCUAUAGAUCUAGCACUAGAGAAGGUAAAUCGACAACGCUAACUGUGCCGGAACAGCAAAGAACAACGCAUCAUCGCUCACGAUCUGUAUCUCCUCACCGUGGUGACGAUCAGGGCAGGACCCGUUCACGUUUACCAAAUGUGCCAUUACAGAGGAGUUUAGAUGAAAUUCAUCAAAUGAGAAGAUCACGUUCUCCAACUAGACACCAUGAUGCCUCCAGAACUCCAGCUGGUUACAGAUCCAGAGAUGUGGAUAGUCAGUAUUUGUCUGAUCAAGAAAGUGAGCUUCUUAUGCUGCCCAGAGCAAAACGAGGAAGAAGUGCAGAGUGCCUACAUACCAUCAGAAGUUCUGUUAGGCACUAUAAAACAUUACCACCCAAGAUGCCUUUACUAGAAAAUGGUACUCAUUGGAACCUGUACAGCUCAACUCUUCCUGCAUGUGCUAAGACCAAAUCUGUGAUUAGACAGGAUAUUUCACUCCUUCGUGAUUGCCUUAAUUCACGAAUACUGAAAUUUGGAGAUGAUCUACUGGUUAGUGAACUACAGCCCUCCCUUGACAGGGCUAGGAGUGCUAGUACCAACUGCUUGAGACCAGAUACUAGUUUGCAUUCACCAGAACGAGAAAGGGGUAGAUGGUCCCCCUCGCUAGAGAGGAGACGACCUACUAGUCCCAGGAUUCAUAUCCAGCAUGCAUCUCCGGAGGAUGACAGGCAGUCCAGAAAAGUCGAAAGAUAUAGCAGCCAAAAACAAACUAGGAAAGGCUCUGCAACUGAAACGGAAAGGGGUCUUCUACCAUGUCUUUCUAGAAGGGGACUUCCAGCCCCGCGAACGACUGAACAGCCAGUCAUUAGGGGAAAGCAUCACGCUCGCUCGAGGUCGAGUGAGCACUCUAGUAUCAGACCCUCAUGCUCUGUACAUCACCUAGCACCCGGAGGGUCGGCGCCACCUUCUCCACUUCUGACAAGAAUACAUCAACAAGGAAGUCCCACACAGUCUCCUCCUGCAGACACAUCCUUCAGCAGUCGCAGGGGAAGACAGCUUCCACAAGUUCCAGUAAGAAGUGGCAGUAUAGAGCAAGCAAGCUUAGUAGUGGAGGAGCGAACAAGACAGAUGAAAAUGAAAGUGCACCGUUAUAAUCAGACAUCAGGGUCUGGUUCUAGCCAAGAACAUGAGCGUGAGCAAUAUACCAAGUAUAAUAUACAAACAGAUCAGUACAGAAGUUGUGAUAACGUCUCUGCCAAAUCAUCAGAUAGUGAUGUCAGUGAUGUGUCAGCCAUUUCCCGAACCAGCAGUGCCUCACGCCUCAGCAGCACAAGUUUUAUGUCAGAGCAAUCUGAACGCCCUCGGGGCAGACUCAGUACAUUUACUCCUAAAAUGCAAGGCAGACGGAUGGGGACUUCAGGGAGAAUCACUAAGAGCACAAGUGUGAGCGGAGAGAUGUAUAAGCUGGAGCACAAUGACGGGAGUCAGUCGGACACGGCUGUCGGCAUGGUUGGAACAGGUGGGAAGAAAAGGCGUUCCAGCCUUAGUGCCAAAGUGGUUGCCAUAGUGUCUCGAAGGAGCAGAAGCACAUCUCAACUUAGCCAAACAG